CGUUGUUGACUUCAAAUGUCACAGAGAUUGAUUCCAGAACCACAGGACAUUUGGAAGUACAUAUGUACACAUACAGGAACCGACCAAGAGUUGAUUGGGGGAGGCGACGGGGGGAGUCCAUGGAGGGACACAUAUUGUUACAAGCAAACGAGAAUACAAAUCAUUGAGAACACAAAACCCAUUCCAUUAUUGUUAGAACUUUCCAAGCCAUCGUUUUUGACCAGCCGAUCGAUCCUAUUAAGUUAUAUUUCCGUGUCCCCCCGUCGCUCGCACUGGUUUAGCAAUAGCAUGGCCUACAAUAACAAGGGCAACAACGACAUCCGCCACACCUGCAAGGGCAGCAACGACAAGGGCAACAGCGGCACCUUCGACCAGCCGUUCGCUCUUCUGCUCCUUUAUCCACUGAAGACAUUCCAUCACCUUCUUCGCGUGAGGUGGAGGCGGGAGGAGGAUCGGCGUUUCCGGAGUCGCAGCAGCAUGAUGAUGGUGAUGACGCUGGUGCGUCUUUGGAUGGCGCGGUAGAACCAGCGCCAGAGCAACAGGAUCCUUCAUCUUUUGCAUCGUUUCCCAUAUUGUUUUUUUAUCUCGUCUUUGUGGGUACUAGUCAGAGAGAUGCGAGGGAGUUCGACCUGCUGGUGAGAUGAGACGAAGGAGAGACGAUAGGCCAGACUUUUAUACGUCGAGAGACUUAAUAAGUUGAAAUUCGUCUGUAGUUCAGAGUCUACCCCAGAAACGGCCAGCCAACUCCGGUCACAUUGCUUCAGGGUGAGUGAUUGUAUACCGCUUCGGACCCGAGGAUGCGCAACUGUCAUACAGCCGAGCUUUGUCAUCUAAACGGGCGCAACUCUCCCAUACAGGCGUCCGCGUGUGUGCUGUGCAUGAUACAUAGCUAGUUCCAGACAUGUCUCCC